GUGUUUUAUUUCGCUUUUGGCCCGUCCAGAAGCCAUUCGUCUCUCUCCCCCCGCUACCUUACCGUUCCGCGGGUUCUAAACCCUAACCCUAGAGCCGGGGAACGAAGGGUCGCUCGUCAUCCUCUGAGGUCCCAGGCCAUGGCGGAGCCGCGCAAGAGGUGCUUCUACGAGAUCCUCGGCGUGAGCCGCGACGCCUCCCAGGAGGAGAUCCGCUCGGCCUACAAGCGCCUCGCUCUCCAGCUUCACCCCGACAAGGCGGCGGCGGCGGCGGCCUCCUCCGCAGCCGCCGACGACGCCGCCGUGGCGGCCACCGCCGCGUUCCAGGAGCUCCGCCAUGCCUACGAGGUCCUCUCCGACCCCAAGGAGCGCGCCUACUACGACUCCCACCGCUCCCAGAUCCUCUUCUCCGACGCCGCCGCCGCCAAAUCGCACAAGGCCUCCUCGUUUGCCGACCUCGACCUCUUCUCCUUCUUCUCCAAUUCCGCCUUCUCCGGCUUCUCCGACACCGGCCGCGGCUUCUACAAGGUCUACGGCGACCUCUUCGCCAAGGUCUACGCCAAGGAGCUCUGGUUCGCCACCACCUUCGGAUCGGGGCCCGGCGCCGUCCCCCCCGCGCCGCUCAUCGGUAAUCUCGAUAGCCCCUAUGAGCAAGUUACCGCCUUUUAUAAUUACUGGCUAGGGUUUUGCACCGUUAUGGAUUUUGCGUGGGUCGACGAGUACGACGCCAUGGCCGGGCCCAAUCGGAGGUCGAGGAGGGCGAUGGAGGAGGAGAAUAAGAAGCUGAGGAAGAAGGCUAAGAGGGAGUACAAUGAUUCCGUCCGCGGGCUCGCGGCUUUUGUGAAGAAGAGGGACAAGAGGGUGGUGGAUAUGAUGAGGAAGACGAAGAUGGAGGAGGAGAAGCGGAGGGCGGCGGAGAAGGAAAGGAAGAGGGAGGAGGAGAGGAAGAAGAUGGAGCGGGCAAGGGCUUAUGAGGAGCCCGAGUGGUCAAGAAUCAAUGAAAAGGAGGAUGUUAUAGGAUUUGAUGAUGACGGUGAGGAUGAUGAUGAAAAAAGCAAGAAGAAGAAGAAAGGUGGUGAGGAGUUCUAUUGCGUUGCUUGUAAUAAGAAGUUUAAGUCGGAUAAGCAGUGGAAGAACCACGAGCAGUCGAAGAAGCAUAGAGAUAAGGUGGCGGAGCUGAAGACGAUGUUCAAGGAGGAAGAAGAGGUAUUUGAUGAGGAGGAAAGAGAUGGAGAUGAAGUCUUUGCCGACUUUGAUUACGAGCCAGCACCGGAAUCUGAGGAUGGUGAGGCAGUGGAUGAACUAUGUUCAGAUGUGCAGGAUGAUUUGAAACUGCAUGAAGAGAGUGUUGAAGAUGAGGAUAUGGAGGGUGGUGAUGAUAAAUCAUUGGAUACAGACAAUGAAGCGAGCAUCUUAGAAUCAAUGGUCUCAGGACGCAAGGCUAGAAAGAGCGAUAGUUUGAAUCACCAAGAUAGUGCAUUUAGUAGCAUCGAUCAUCAUGAAAUUGAUGGAGAGAACUCCAUGGCGAAUGAUGAUACCAGAUCAAGAGGUCGCCGGAAUCGAGCAUCAAGAAGACGGUCCAAUUAUGAUGGCUAUGAUGAAGCAGUGAGGACACAGAAAGACGGAAGUCAGCAGGACGAAAGUGGGCAUCAUAAUCGGGAGAGAGGUGCUGACGAUAAUAAGGAGGGUUCUUGUCUGGUUGAGGAGGUUGUUACUCAAAAAAAGGGAGAUCGAGCCGCCAAAAAGAACCAGAAGCCUAAAGAGAACCAGGUUGAUGGGAAAGGAGCUGGUAAGACAGAAAGAGCUGGCGACCAAAAUCAUUCAUCAAAAGCAAGGAAGCAAAAGGCAAAAGACGCACCAAGUAAUUCAUGCGGAACAUGUGGGGAAAGCUUUGAAUCAAGGAACAAGCUAUUUGCACAUCUGGGCAACACAGGCCAUGCCAUGCUUAAGUCACGAUAGAACGACUCCCGAGCAACUGCCGCAUUUGCAUUGGUGAUAUUGUUCUUGUAUAUUACGAACAGAAGCGAAAAAAACCUUUUUUAUAGCGCGUGCAUUAAAAGACCACUGAGAUAGCCUUGGUACUCUGGUUUUAGGAGCCCUUCCUGAUGGAACGUAUACAAGUGGAUGAAGGGGAAAUUGGAGGAAUUUGCACUCUACCCCUUCUUAUAUGAUUUCUAUUAUUAAAUUCUUUUUAUUAUUUUUUUCUCCUUCAUGCACACAAUGUAAUGGGCAACCUUUUUGCCUGUGAUCGGGUUCUCUGUUUUUUUUGUCCCUUUUCUUUUGAAGACUUGUAAAAUGUUGAUUAAAUUUUGAGGCAAUAAGCAGUAGGGACUGGGAAACAGUAAACACAUUUUUUUAAUGAAGUUUAAAAAGAUUGUUUUGUUA